CCAGACGGAGAGGUUUUGAAUUCAGCCUGUCAUUCCAGCAAGGUUAUGGAAUCUACAAAAUAUCCCAUGAAAACCACCACCAUGAUGAUGGUGAUAAAUCUCUGCCAUAUCACAACCUGGUGAGCUAUGACUGUGAUAACUGCAAGGAGCCCCAGAAAGCAAGUGGCGAUGCCCCCAAGUGCGGGAGCGCAGAGUUCAGCACCGCGGCCGUGGCGGACAGCUCCAGCCUGGCCGCUGGCCGGGGCGGGGCACACCCGGCAGGGAUGGAGAGCGGGCAAGAUCCUGGCACGGACAAGAACCUGGACCGUCUCCUUUCUGACAAAUUAGGGGUCUUUAAAAGAGAAGAGGCCAGCAAUUUUGAUAAGUCAACUCUUUUUGAAGGACCGGAAAGAAGAUUGUCUCAUGAGGAGGGCCAUAAACCUGAACUCACAGAUUGGGAAUGGUGCAGGAGCAAAUCAGAGAGGACCCCUCGACAGCGCUCAGGUGGUGCCUUAGCUAUUCCUUUGUGUGCUUUUCAAGGAACUGUAUCUCUUCAGGCACCCACAGGGAAAACCCUCUCUUUAUCUACAUACGAGGUAAGCACUGAGGGGCAAAAAAUAACACCCACGUCAAAGAAAAUUGAAGUAUAUCGAUCUAAGAGUGUUGGUCACGAGCCAAACCCAGAGGAGUCUCCUAAUACGUUUGCUGACACAAGCGUUAAAAUUCAUUUAGAGGUUCUUGAAAUUUGUGACAAUGAAGAGGCCCUGGAUACUGUGUCAAUCAUCAGUAAUAUCAGCCAGUCCUCCACACAGGUGAGGUCUCCAUCCUUACGGUAUUCGCGGAAAGAAAACAGGUUUGUUUCAUGUGAUUUAGGGGAAACUGCCUCCUACUCACUCUUCAUACCAUCAAACAAUCCUGACAGCGACAUUAACAUAUCAAUUCCGGACACUGUCGAAGCUCAUCGGCAGAAUAGUAAAAAACAGCAUAUGGAAAGAGAUGGUUAUCAGGAAGAAAUACAAAUGUUGAAUAAAGCAUACAGAAAACGUGAAGAAGAUGACAACAACAGUUAAAAAGACAUUGAAUCUAGACAUUUAAACUGGUUUGACGGACACUGCUCCUCUUGACUCAAGUUGUCCUAGAAAAUACCAUGACAACCGUUUUUUCCUAAUAAAUGAAUUACUUUUGUGUGGGUACACUAUUAAAGAGAACAAAACUUUUAAUCACAUAUAGAUGGGAAAACAGAAAUGCUUAAGUGCUUUACAGCUUUACAUAGUGAAUUUCAAGUUAUUUAUUUAUCUCUUUAUUUGAGGAACACUCAUGUCUAAGAACAGUUCUGAAUAAAGUCUUAGAAAACUGCUCGGGUUGCUUGUUGGCACUGGGUGGCCUGUCCGUGGGAACCUGCGGAAAAUAAGGGGAAAGCUCCAUCCAGGUGAAGUUUUAACAGUUUUGACUGACUGUUGCAAUUCUUCUCUUAGUGCUGCGCAAAACUUGAAACAUUUAUCUGCAAAAAUGUAGCAAAAGCCUAAGACAAACUCAUUUAUAUGACUAAGCAAAGGAUUAAAAAACAACUAAGUGAUUUAGGUUUCUACUGUUCUAUAUGUGAUUCAUAUGUAAUUCCUAUGUAAUGGGCCACUGUUAGAUCUUUGAAUAUGAAUGGCUGAAAUGUAAGCAUGCACAUUCUGUAAGUACAUCAUCGUGAAACUUAACAGUGUUCUCAUGGCUUGACAUUUCUUUGGUCAAACGUGUCAGGUGUUGGUUAGUUUAGAGAGUCCCCUUUUUCGCCUCCAUGAUAUCUUGCCAAGUUAAGAGGUUUCCCAACCUUACAGAAUAUUUGCACUCGAUCCAAAUAAGGGUAACAUUUGAAACGUCUGAAGAGCUAGAACAUCAAAAUUAACUUGAAUAAUUGUUCCUGUUUAAAGAUUUUCAGACAAGAGGCAUCCCUAAGCAAGGAACAGUGAUUCACAAUGUGGUCUUCUUCAAGGCCCGUCUGAAACUAAUGCUUUUCACAGCACAACGAUGGGAAUGGGCCAAGCUUGCAGAUUGCUGCAGAAGUCCCAGCGGCUCACAGCGAAGACGCUAGCAUUGUUCCUGCCGUAUGUAUUUUGUCAGUAAACCUAUCAUCACUCUUCUUUGGACAGACCCUCAUGCUUUAGAACUGAGAAAGUCAGGAGUCUGGGGUUACAACUGAUUUGUGACUUCUAGGAUGGGAGAAGGGAGCUGUUCACAGUGGCCAGUCUUAGAGACCUAACUGAGACAUCAGCCUCCAGAGAGAGAGGCAAAUAGGUUCCUGCCCUGAAGCACCCUCAAGAGGAAUCUGUCUCUCUGCUGACUUAUUGGAAGCCUAAAACUAAGCCUAAAACCAACCCAAAACUAGUGAGUGCCGUAUUUUGUGUCAAAUUCAGAUAAGAAGUAGGCAAAACAGUCAAUGGAGUCCUCAAGUCUUACAUGAAAUAUGUUGCAAAUGUUUGAAAUGCUGAUCUGUUUUGACUGAAAACUCCUCUUCAGAGGUUUGUCUUUCAUUUCAGUUGAACAGAGGUAAAUAGACUCCCAAGACUUUCAGCUGUUUGACUAAAAGUCACACUACUUUUUUAAUUAAUAGAUUUAAUUGCCAGUGGUAUGUGCAACGACAUAAUCAUUUAGGUGUCUGCAGUCAUCCUGUUUUCCACUCAGUAGGAACAGGCAAGGGAAAGUAAGCCAAAACUCAUUCAGGAUUCCUGUAUGGAUUACAAACAGACAAAGCAAAAGGGCCGACUACUGUGUCUCUGCAGUUAACAUUCAGUACGAAGGCAUGACAACAAACGGCCACUUUGCCUUCUCACUUCAGCAAACUAUAUCGGGCAUGACGUCGCUGAAUCACUGCCGUUAGGGUGACAGUGAUGUAGAUGUGAAGGGAAUCAGGGUCAAAGACUGCAGGUUGCUGUGAUAAAGAUGGGUCACUCUCUGCAAAUUGUGCUUUUCACGUGCUACCUUUCCAAGCUGAAAACAAGAGUACGUAAGGCUCUUAGUAGCACUAAGAUGCUACAUUAUAUUUCAGGUUUAGCUGAAAACUACAGUAGAAGGUCUGAGUAAUCCAUGCUAUGUCUAUAGAAUAAAUCUUGAGCAGGAGGGUUGGACUAGAUGAUCUCCAGAGGUCCCUUCCAACCUCAAUCAUUCUGUGAUAUCCAUUUGUACAAAGCAGAGAGAGGCAUCCUGCUAUCUCUGAAGAUACUGCUUUUCUUUGCCUUCUGUAGAAGGAACACAAAAAGUGGAUUUAUAGCGACAGAUGCACUUCAUCACAGCAUCACAGCUUUAAAGUUUUGUCAGGUGUUUUUUUCCUGAGAAGUGGUGGGGACUAUGCUGACAAGAGGAUUAAGUGCUGAUGUGUUAAUCUCAGAGGGGUAUAUUUAGAAAGAGUUAAAAUUUGGAGGCAUUAAAAUUCUGCAUAGAUGUGACCCUGAGCUUGACCUAAUCGUAGGAUAUUGUCCUGCUGCUGUAAUAAAAAUUACAUUUUCUUUAAUGAAUCUGU